AAUAAUUUUUAUUUAUCAACCUUUAUUUCACCAGGAGAAUCCAGUUGAGAUUAAAGAGACCUAAAUACCUAAAGUGGUAUUUAAGUUUCCAAAGUUAAUUCAAGGUUGUCUUAUUAUAAAGGCAUUGCAAUAAUAAAGAAUUGAGGAAAUGGUGCAUUUUAAAGAUUUUGCCAUUUCAGGAGAAAAAUAUUUCUGGUUUCAUAUUGAUGCUUCCUUUGUUAGGGGAGGAGAUCUAUGGAGUUGAGAAGGAGGAGGAUCCUCAUGACUAAUUUGCUAAAUGCUCACAGACAAAAACACUUUAGAAACUCAUCCGGGAAACUGAUCAUUUCAGUUCACUGGCUAUUUGGAGGAUGUACAGCAACAACAUGUUUCCUCUAGCGUUCGGCUUGCUGGUUUUGUCUUUAAGUCAAAGCUCGGCACACUCCUCAGAAAAUGGCUCCGUGUUGCUCCCUCGGACUCUAUCGGGCCGCUUUGUCCUGGUGACCGAAGAACCCAUGGAAUACAUUGACCUGUCUGCUUUGGACAGUUUGAGUGAUGAUGACGACGGCUCAGGUUCUGAGACGGAGCAGAAACUGUUGAAGAAACACGACCAGCAUGAUCGCUUGCAGAAGCGCCUCGUCGUGUCUGAGGAAGCCAAAGAGUUCCUCCAGGGUCACCUGGCGACGGCGUUCAUCCCCACCGUUUACGUCCUGGUCUUCAUCAUUAGCGUGCCUCUCAACCUCCUGGCCAUGGUGAUGUUCGUCCACCGAAUCCGUCCCAGAAAGCCUGCGGUGAUCUACAUGCUGAACCUGGCUUGUGCAGACCUUCUGUUUGGCCUGCUUCUCCCCUUUAAAAUUGCCUACCAUUACAAUGGCAACAACUGGAUCUACGGGUCCUUCAUGUGUAGGGCGGUGACGGCGGCUUUCCACUGCAACAUGUACUGCUCCGUGCUGCUCGUCAUGUGCAUCAGCGUGGACCGGUUCCUGGCCGUGGUUUACCCCAUGAACUCCCUGACGUGGCGGAGCCCUCAGACUGCUGCAGCCAUCUGUGCAGCCAUGUGGCUCCUCUCCCUGGGAGGAGUGUGCCCCCUCCUGACCUCAGAACAGACGCUGCAUUUAUCAGACCUUGGGAUUACCACUUGCCAUGAUGUGCAGGAUGUGGAAACCCUGCAAUCCUACUAUCUCUACUUCUUCCCCAUAUACUCCUCCGUCUUCUUCUUCGUACCUCUUGUCUUCACUACCGUCUGCUAUGUGCGAGUCGUUCAGGCUCUGGCAGCAGCCAACUUGGAGAACCGCUCCAAGAAGACGCGGGCAAUCGUGAUGACUGUGGUGGUGCUGCUGGUGUUCGUUGUCUGCUUCGCUCCCACAAACAUCAUCCUGAUGAUUCACUAUGUUCAGAUCAGCCACACGUCCAGUGACGGUUCCUACCAGGCGUACCUGCUCUCUGUGUGCAUAGGCAGCCUCAGCUGCUGUCUGGAUCCUCUCCUCUACUACUACGGCUCCUCUCAGUGCCAGAAGCAGGUGGCUGCAGUGCUCAGGUGCUCGCCACUGGCACCAGCAGGGAGCAGCAUGGACACGCGCAGCACGCAAACGAGUGGAUCGAGCAGCAGAUCCUGCAAGAUGGAGGGUGUGUACAGUGGCCAGUAUAACAAGCUGGUGACUUAAGGAGCCUGUUUCUGAGAAAUGAUGCAAACUUUCACAAAAGUUUUCAUAGCCUUUUUAACUUUUUAACAUUUCAUCACGUUCCAGCAGUAUUUAAUGUGUCAUUCUGGGAGUUUCGUGUAACGCAAAGUGGUGCAUAACUUGGAACUGGAAGGAAAAGGAUGUGUGGUUUCAGUAAAAUAGAUGAAGCUGUAAAGUGAAACAUUCUUUCUUUCCAUCUCCUCAGAGUCAAAAGUCUGGAAAAACAUCAAAUCUGAAAGAGAGUAUGUGUCUACUGGCUUUGUUUGUCAAGAGGGUGAAACUUUUGCCCAUUCUUCUUUGCAAACCAGAUCAAGCUAAAAAAAAAAAAAACCUUGGAUGGAGAAAAUCUGCGCAGAGCACCUCUCCCCAAUCCUCAGGUCCAGACUUUGACUGGACCAUUUAGUCUUAUCUCCCUGCAUUCAUACAAACCCAUCUAUUCUAUCUCUGGCUGGAUUUCGGGGUUAACCUGUAUUUAACUCCAUCCAUCUUCUUUCUCAUCAACACUGUUUAGCUUCUCCAGCCCUUAUGAUGAAAAGCCUCCCUGCAGAAUGAUGCUGCCACCUUGUUACUCCCUGGGGAUGAGGUUUGCACUGUACACUUUGUAAAUGGAAAAAAAAAAAAGUUCCUUUUAUGACGGCAUGCUCAUUGUUUCCCUGCAUGACUUGUAACAAACUUUAAGCAGGACUUCUUUAGCCUUUCUACUACAAUGUUGUUUUUUCUUGAGGCAAAAGUUUCAGAGCACAUGGCAAAUAACCAGCAUUUUCUUUCCAUCUGAGCUGUGGAUCUGCAGCUCUCAGUAACUCCCUCCUGACUUGCCAGGAGCUGACGGACUCUACAUGGUAACUCUGCAAACCGAUGUUAGCUGACGGUUUGCAGUUGUUUCGUACUUUUAACAUUUUUGUAUGAUGGAUUGGACUACGAUGUUCACAGAGCAGCUGUGGUUCUGCUGAAAAUAAUCAUACUCAGGUGAAAUCUGUUUACUAUUUGAGGGUGUCAGAGUUAAGGGGGUCGAACCCUUUAUAUGUGUAAGAGAGAAAACCACCCUUCCACUUUACACUUAUGCACUACUUUAUCUGUCAUAAAAUCUCAAAACAUUAAAGUGUGUGUGUGUGAUGUGACGACAUGUGAAAAAGUUCAAUAGUGCUCAAGUUGGAUAAAAUAAAUUCUUGGUUUGGGGUUUAUACAGAAAGCUUUUACACUGUAUCUACCUUAUAACUCUGUCACUGAUUUUGCUUUCCUUGUCUUCUCUAUCAGGGAAUCAAACCAUCAGUAUCUGUUUCAG